CCCAAAUCAGCUCCAUGUAACCUGAAGGAAAGACGAGCAAACACCGUUUCUACCGAACAUGAAGACGAUCGGCAUGUCACAAAGAGCCGUUUUUCUCCUCUGCUUUUUGACACAGGUAUUUACACUUGCCACAUCCCACGUGUGUCCUCAGAGGUGCCAGUGCCCUGAGGAACCUCCCAUGUGUCUCCCCGGUGUGCCGCUGAUCCUGGAUGACUGCGCCUGCUGCCUGGUGUGUGCCCGUCAGAAAGGACAGAUGUGCUCUCACGCCAACCCCUGUGACUCCCGGAAAGGCCUGCAGUGUGAUAACACAGCUGACGUCCACAAGAGGGCGGGGAUCUGUGUCGCUCAGGUGGGACAGGUCUGCGUUUUGGAAGGUUCUGUCUAUCAGAAUGGCCAAACCUUCUUCCCCAGCUGUAAAUAUCAGUGUGUAUGCAGAAAUGGGCAGAUCGCUUGCGUGCCGCGCUGCAACUUGGACGUGAUGUUGCCGGGACCGGACUGCCCCAUCCCACGAAGGAUCCAAGUACCUGGAGAAUGCUGUGAAAAGUGGGUGUGUGGGCCUCAGGGUGGGACCCGCACACUGGGUGGCUACGCCAUGGCAGCGUAUCGACAAGAGGACGCUGUGAGCUUUGACGGCUGGGACCCCAGCCUGAACUGUAUUGAGCAGACCACAGAGUGGAGCGCCUGCUCUCAGACCUGCGGCAUGGGUUUGUCCACCAGAGUGACCAAUAAGAACCGCCAGUGUGAAAUGGUGAAGCAAAGCCGGCUGUGCAUGAUCAGACCGUGUGACGACCAGCAGCACCACGUGCAGCCAACACUAAACAGAGGCAUGAAGUGCCAGAAGAUGGUGAGGAGCGAGAGCGCCACCCAUCUGUCCUAUAAGAACUGCACCAGCCUGCUGGCCUACAAGCCUCGUUACUGCGGCUCCUGCACAGACGGCCGCUGUUGUACUCCCCACAGGACCAAGACCGCCCUGGUGGACUUCCAGUGUACCAGUGGCAAAAGUGGCAAGAGGCCCAUCAUGGUGAUCCUGACCUGUGCUUGUCACCACAACUGCCCGCGAGACAACGCUGCAUGGCAACGCUCAGAGCCGGGAUUCAGCAGCAUCAUGAUAUAGUUCCCAUAUACUGUAGGUUGUGUCUUACAUUAUUAUGUCAAAGGAGAGUAAAUUAAAGCUACAGUGUGCAGGAUUUAGGGGCGUUUAUUAGCAUAAAUGUAAUGUAGCAUUUAUUCCACCACCAUGUUGAUACAGUAAGGGACAUGAUUACUCCACCGUUUGCAUUCUGCAGUGCAGCCAUAAGACUGAGGAAAAAUGAAGUCUACUGUCUACUAGUGUAAGCUAC